AUGUCCCUUCGCGUCUUCCUCGUGGAGUCCCUCGGAUUCCCGAGAAGCCACCAUGCCAUUUUCGUCGAGACUUCACGCGGCGGUGGCGGCUACAUAUUCCACGUUACUGGCAAUAUCCAACAGGGGAUGAGAUACGAAAUGAAGGCCACCGAUGCCGCGCCAGACACUGACCCUUCUUACCACGGACAGACGAGGCUGGGAUGGAGUUCCGCCAACGACAUGGCGCGCAUCGAUGCGAUUUGCAGGUCUAAUCCCGCCCCCGAGAAGCAAUUUGAGGGUGCUCGGAAAAUCACGGCGUAUCCGGUUCGGCGCUGUCAGGAAUGGACGGCAGAGACUAUUGGGUUGCUGAGGGAGCGAGGCGUGGUUGUGGAUGAUGGUGAUGCGGCUGCUUGA